UCUUGAAUUGAAUUAUAAUUCUAAACCCUACCUGGAGUAAAAAUAUCUAAACCCUGCCUUGAGUUAAAAUAUCUAAACCGCACCUGAAGUAAAAAGAUCUGAACCCUACCUGGAGUUAAAAGAUCAAACCGUACCUGGAGUUAAAAUAUCUAAACCGUCCUGAAGUAAAAAGAUCUGAACCCUACCUGGAGUAAAAAUAUCUGAACCCUACCUGGAGUUAAAAUAUCUAAACCGCACCUGAAGUAAAAAGAUCUGAACCCUACCUGGAGUAAAGAUCUGAACCCUACCUGGAGUAAAAAAGAUGGUUGAGGGUCCAGGAUGUAAGCUGAAAGGGGAGAAAAUGAGAGGGAAAAUCCUCAAUCAAACUGUUCAUAAUGUUUCAGGGAAUGUUGUCGAUAACAGACCUAAAAGAGAACAAGGACACCCCUCUCCAUAUCAUGCUCUGAUAGGAUGCAAGAUAACUGAUAUCCGAACCCUGGGGAAGGAACUGUUUAUAUUCUUAAGUUCCGGAUCCUGUCUCAGGAUUCACUUUCUUAUGGCGGGGUUCGUCAGGUAUAAUGAUAAAGCUGAGGAUCAGGAUGAAGGAUUCCAGGCGAAGAUUACAGAACCUCCCCGGCUCCAACUCCAGCUAGAGAUAGAUACGGUAAGCCUAUAUCAGUGCUCCACGGAUAUCCGAGACGGUCCGCAGACUUUACAUAGAUGGGAGAACCAGAUCGAUCUGGAUAUAUGUUCUCUAUCCUUUAAUGCAAAAAGAGCGGCUCAGGAGAUCCAAGCCGAGAGAAACAAAGAAAGAUUAAUCUGUGACGUUAUUAUGGAUCAAGAAAUCCUCCCUGGGGUUGGAAAUAUAAUUAAAAACGAGGCAUUGUUUGAUGCAGGUGUAAACCCUUUGACUGCUGUAAAGGAUCUGACGGCUGGUCACGUGAGCCGGGUUGUAAAGAUGAACAGGGAUUUCUCCAAGGUCUUCUACGACUGUAGGAAGACUGGUAAACCUCUCCAUAAGUUCUUCAAGAUCUAUAGGUUCUCCACCUGUAAACAGUGCAAUGGAAAGGUUACUAAGUGUAAGCCUGGAGAGUAUGAGCGUGGAACAUAUUUCUGUGGAUCUUGUCAAACCAAUUCCCUGGAGUCAGGUCCUUCUACAAACAGUAUCAUUGGAUGGGUCACAGCUGGAGUUUCCCCUUCAACCUGGAGCUGUGAGAUGUGCACAUAUGAAAAUAAACCUGGUUCAACUAAAUGUUUCACGUGUGGAACUAGCAAAGCAAAAAGAAAAUCCUCGGAACCUGUAAACUUCUUCAGUAAGAGGCCUAGAUUGGCAGAGAGGUCAGAUCCUGGACCGAGGCCAAGGCUGGCAGGGAGGCCUGAACUAGGUCCGAGGCCGAUGUUGAGUGACACGUCUAACCAGAAAACUAGUGUUUCGGGUCCAUCAGGAAUUACGUCAAAGGCAAGCACUUCUAGCAAUAGCAGUUUUGGAAAUGUGAAGAGCAAUUUUGGAAAUGUGAAGAGCAAUUUUGGAAAUGUGAAGAGUUUUGGAAAUGUGAAGAGCAAUUUUGGAAAUGUGAAGAGCAAUUUUGGAAAUGUGAAGAGUUGUUAUGGAAAUGUGAAGAGCAUUGUCGACAAUGUAAAGGUUAAUGUUGGAACUGAAAAAAGCAAGGUUGAUGUUUGUAGCGGACAUAAGAAACCUUGCAAUGUGAAAACCGUGAACAAAGAUGGAGAGAACAAAGGUCGUCUCUUCUACACGUGUUCUUUAACAAGAGGGAAGGCUUGCGAUUUCUUUGCCUGGGCCGAUUUAGAACAUCCAAGGUGUCAGCAUAAAUGUAUUACCCUGCUGCGGGAAGUUUACAAACAGAAUGAAAACAACGGACGAAGUUUCUUCGUUUGCCCGAAACCGAAAAAGGAACAAUGUGAUUUCUUCAAGUGGAAAGAUUGAUUAGCAGAAUAUUCAAAUAAUCUAUUCAUUUAAAGGGACUGUUUUCGUAAUUUUGAGUGACCCUAUGUCUGAUUCACAAAGGUUCCUUUAAGAGUUUUUUCUGAUCAUCAAGUAUGAAUUGGAUAUCCAUGUUUAUAAUUUUAAAAACUUAUUUCAAAAAGUGUGGUUUCUCUACAAUAAAGAGACUUGCGCAAAUCUACUUUCAGAAUUUUAAACUACGUUAUCUUCAACAGUGGGGCAGACAAAGGUUUAAAAGGUAUUGUUGUGAAUCGGGCGCAUGUCCCUUUUUAAUUAGAGGGUCACUUGAAAUUGUGUCUUCAACCCCAUUCAGUUAAAAAUCUACCUCUGGCUUCUGUUUUGUUUACCAACAUUUAACCGCUAGUAUUUUUACUGUGAUCGGUCAAGAGACUAAUUGUGAUACAUUUUGAUGAUGAUUAUUUUGAUAAUGUCAAAAGUGAAUUUAUGAUAAUUUUCAGAAAA